GUGGUCGUCUACUGGCCCAUGUAGCCAGGAACGGGUUUUCAAAUUCGCCUCCCAGGCCACGAACCCCAGCUCUGCCGCAGACACUAUCAAAACCAUAUAUCUUCUUCUUCCGCUGUCGCAAGGCGGCGGAAAAUAUUGUUCCUCACAGUCAUGUUAGCCCACACACGGGCCUUUGGAUUUCAGCGUAGACUUCCAUGUUUUGGUCGCUCGUUUUGGCUCAUUUGAGCAUUUGCCUCACCACCGUUCUCUCCGAUGCCACCAAUCUGGCCAUCAUAAAUCUUACGCCCUAUGCGUUGAAACAAAAUGGAAAACCUUCUUCUUAUCAGUUAAAGUCUUGGGAUAAAGCUUUUCCUGAAGAAGUUGGCAAAGGUUCCAACGCAGCAGCGUUUGUCCAAAUCAAGACUGGCCUUACAGUGAAAUCGUCCGACACUGCGGCCGAGUUUUAUUAUUCUCUCGAUGACGGUACCGACAACGGGAUCCAGCUGGCCCUGGGCGUAGAUGGCGGUACCUUUGACUAUACUGUCAACCUGCAAGCCAAGUUUGACCGCUUUGGCACGCAGAGCAAUCCCUCCUCAGUGGAUGUGGGCUUUCUCGAUGACGAGAAGGCAUGGACACCUUUUAUUCUAGCUGGCGACAAGGGGUCAUAUGUCGGCAAUCGACCUCCCACCGAUUGGAUGAAGCAGAAUCUGCAAUUCCUAGGAUGCCAGACAUUGCAACAGCUGGUGAUUCCCGGUUCGCACAACGCUGGCAUGUCCAAGAUCCAGUAUAACACAGCGUUUGCUGGUCCAGCAAACACCCAAACCCAGUCACUAGAUAUCCUAGGUCAGCUCAACGCCGGAGUGCGAUUCUUCGACAUUCGGCCCGUCAUCUCUCAUGGCCAGUAUUAUACCGGGCAUUAUUCUUACAUUCACGAUCUCAAGUCAAACCAAGGGGCUGUGGGACAGAAGAUGUCAGACAUCAUCGGCAACAUCAACGAUUUUACCGAGGAAAACUCGGAGCUUGUGGUUGUUUACCUGUCACACACCCUGAACACCGAUCACGACUAUGCGGCGUUUGACGAUGACGAAUGGAUAGGCGUACUACGAGACUUGACUGACGGUUUGAAGCACCGUUGGCAAGUCAAAACCGACAAGCCUCUGACCAAACUGCCUUUGUCCGAUUUCAUCAAAGAUGGCCCUGCGGUGGUCCUGGUGGUUUCGGAGCGCGACAAGGCAUUCCUCGACAAGAACGGCUUUACAGGAAAGGGAUUCUUCCCUGGUUCGGCAUUUCCAAAGUUUGACAGUUACUCCAACACCAACGAGCUAGACAAGAUGCGCGUCGACCAACACCAGAAAUUCCUGGAUCAACUCGCCAAACCGGAUAACCCAGAUCAAGUGUUUUUGCUUUCAUGGACCAUGACGUUGUUGGGACCGGACAACAUCAAUUUCUUGGACAAGAUCACAACUCGAGCCGACUUUGUCAACAGUCGACUUGCGGCCAUCACUGGCGACGGCGCAUAUCUUUCGCCGUUCUUGUGGGAUAAGAAGCUCCCAAAUAUUGUGUUUAUCGACAACGUCAAGGCGGAUCGAUACCUGGCUGCUCUUUCCCUUGCCUUUAAUCGAUUCACGGCAGCCUGCAAAUAACCCGGACUGCGCACUUUCGUUUGACAUCGGACGUGUUCUACAACUCACGGGUCCCAGGCGAAUUAAUUGUAAUAGGUGUCAUCAACAAUAAGAACAAGAUUUUUGACUGGUGUCUUGAAUUUUUCCGUUUGAACAAACUAGUGGUAGGGGAGGCGAACAAGGUUGACACCAAGUUGAUACUCCGUUUACAAGGUUUCCGCCUUUCAUUUGACUGGCUUGCUGCGUUGUCCGGGGAUGGCACCAACGAGGCUUCUUCC